UACGGCAAACCUCGCGACGCCGGUGGUGGUCGCCGUGGCGACGCGGCGGCUCCUAACGCGGUAUUUGAUUUGGUAGCGACGCAAAGUUGUUUUGUUUUUAUUUUCUCCACAUGCUCUUGGUUUUAAGUAAUCAUACGAUGAAAAGCACCCCUUAACUCCGAGCAGGAGUAACUUGUCAAUAAACUGCGCCUAUCACGUGUCGGAUUUAAAGUGCAAUAUGGGCUGUGUGCGGGUCGUUUUACGCACUAAACCCUCGCCAAGGUUUGCCGAAAGCCAGAUUGGCAUAAACCCAACUGAUAAGACGGUAAACAUCCGCUUGAAGGAACACAAUCAAAAGGAGAUUGUGAACAAUCAAGUCACAGAAUGGAGCUUCAAGUUGGAUGGAAGUCUUCACAACACCAACCAGGAAAUGGUGUACAGAGAGACGGCGCGAGAGGUUGUCACGCGGACACUGGAUGGUUACAACGGAACCAUAAUGUGCUAUGGUCAGACCGGCGCAGGGAAAUCAUACACAAUGACUGGAAGCACGGAAAAUUUCUCUGAGCGAGGCAUCAUCCCGCGGGUUCUUGAGCAAGUCUUUCACGAUAUUGAGGAGCGUGUGGAGCAAGACAUCACUGUUCGCGUCUCCUACUUGGAGAUCUACAACGAAAGUCUGUGUGACCUGUGUGCCAUGCCUGCGUGCCAGGCCAUCGAUAAACAACUGUCUAUUAUGGAUGAGCGUGGUAUGGUUUCUGUCAGAGGUCUGACUUGUCAGUUGGUCAGCAGCCAAGAGGAGGCCCUCAACAAGCUAUUUGAGGGUGAAAUGAAUAGAGCAGUUGCUUGCCAUACGCUCAAUAAGAAGUCUUCAAGAUCUCACUGCAUAUUCACUCUGUACAUAGAGUCCCGCUCGAAAACAAUCACAAAUUCUAAAUACACGAUGUCUAAACUCAACCUGGUUGAUUUGGCUGGCUCUGAGCGUCUGGGAAAAACUAUGUCAGAAGGACAAGUGGAAAGAGAGGCAACAUACAUUAACAAGUCGCUGUCCUUCCUGGAGCAAGCUGUGAUCGCACUGGCAGAUCGCAGACGGGAGCAUGUCCCUUUCCGUCAAAGCAAACUCACACAUGUUCUUAAGGAUGCCAUCGGUGGAAACUGCAAUACUGUGCUCAUUGCCAACAUCAUCGGGGAGACUGAACAGAUAGAAGAAACGCUCUCCACGUUGAAGUUUGCUGCUCGGAUGGCCUGCGUUCCUGUGAACGCUGUCCCCAUUGAACUUCAUGACCCACAACGGACAGUGAAGGAUCUAGAGAAAGAGAUCAGGCUGCUGAAAAAUGAACUGGCAAUGCAUGACAUCUUGGCAAACCGUAAGAAAGUGAGCUAUGAGCCACUUUUGGAACAUCAGGUGGCUGAGAUUCAAUCUCAAGUGCGCCGCUACUUAGAUGGCUCACUCAACGAGAUCACCUUGGCCAACGUAAGACAAAUUCAAGAAGUGUUUGCACAAUUUAAGGUGAUUUUCCUUCAGAAAGAGGAAGAGGUGGAGGCAAAACUAAGGCAAAAGUUCAGCUUGCAAGAGAGGAGAAAGGAGCCUUCUCUAGAUGUAAUUCAGAAGGCUGGCUCAACAGAAAAUGAAGUGGUUCUGGCUGGAGAGUUGGAGCGCGAUGGAUUUGGACUUGGGUUGGUGCCCACCUCAUCCAAGCUUUACCUCUCGCCCGUUGUUACUGCCAAGAAGAGUAGGAACAAGAAGUCACUUAGGGAUAGUGCCAGAAGGGAGAGGCCAGGAAGCCCACAGCUCCGAGAGUCUCCCUUUGUGGGAGAAGGUGGCCAGAGAGAGCAUGACGUGACCAGCGUAGCCUCAGAGGUCUCUGAACAGCUAAACCGUUCAAACACUCCACCAAUGCCAGUUGUUGCAUUUGAGGAAUUUAAAGCAGAGCGAGGCAGUGAGAUUAACCGUAUCUUCAAAGAAAACAAAUUGAUUUAUAAGGAGAAGCAAACAAAAGCAAUAGAACUGGCAAAACACAUAAAUACUUUGAAGCAAGAAAUAGACGUUGCCAGAGAGGCACUGGAAGCCAAGACAAAAAAGAGACAGGAACAAGGUGAAUUUAUGAGCAGCGAGGGCCAGAUGGUGAUUGACGAGGAGGAAUAUUGUUUUCUGCUGCGCAUGCGUGAGCUCAAAAGCCAGUACCGUUUGCACUACGAGGAGCUGUGCGACAUAAAGGCUGAGGUGCAGUGGUGCCAGCAUCAGGUCAACCUGUGCCGCCAGAGACUCGUCUCUGAAUUUGAGACGUGGUAUGCUGAAGCAUACCAGGUGCCUUCAGAAAAUGUGCCUGCUAAUUCCAUGACUACAGCCACACCUGUGGUCGCUCACCCAGCUGUUGGCAAAACCCAGCCAUUGAUGGAAGGAGAGCAAGAAAAGCUUGAAAGAAUUAAUAUGGAGUUCAUGACUGAAAAUCCUGAUGCUAUGGCCUUUUAUGAAGCCAAGGCCCGCAUAGAGAGAAAGCACAAUUAUACCAAAGCCGCUGCCCAAAAUCAAACAAAAAAUAUGAAGGAAGACAACAUACCCGCAUGUGCAGUUGGAAAUAGACUGCCCAAACAGAUGAUGGUGCCAUAUUAGUCAUAUCCAUGCAAGGCAUUUCUCCAGCACUACUUUACAUUAAAACAAUGAUUUUUGCAUAUUUUGGAGUAAUUUCACAAAAUAAGUAGUAUGACAUUGUACAAUGUUUGCAAACAUAUCUUUAUACAAUUGAUCUGUAAAAGCAAAGUAUAAUCAAAGUUAUUUUUUAUAAAGUGUCUGUGCAUCUU